CUUUUUUCUGGGGUGUGCCAGGAGCUGCUUCCACCUGUUAUGUGAGCAGAAGGGCCAGACCCGGCCAUCGACGCUCCCAGGCCCAACCUGAGGCUCCAGAAAGCUCGUUACACGUUCCGUGGGCGGGGGCAACGCGCUCCUGUUUUAAAUCUCAUGGUGUCACCGGCAGCGUCAGGAGCACUUACACCGUCCUCAGAAGAGCUUAGCGCUCCUGCCUACGCCGCCUCUCGAGAAUUAGCUCCCGUCCGUCCACGCGCCACUACUCACUCCCUCCGGCACACACACGCCUCGCAUGAGCCUGCGCUGAGCUCGGCUCCAGCCGGGGGUCGGGGGUCGUCGCCAUGGACGAGAGGCUGAUCGGAGACGGGGGGGCCGGGCCGUCGGCAGCGGACCGGUGGAGACGCGCGCUGGAGCGGUGGAAGACGCUCCUGCGCAGCGUGCGCACGCUCGGGCUCUGGCGCUGGAUCCGGGAGUACUGCCGCGACAACGGCCUGCUCACGCUCUCCAUCUUAGCCGUGCUGACGGGCUGCGCUCUGGGAUUCCUGCUCAGGAACCUCAAUCUCUCCACGCAGGCCAGAAUCUACUUCUCCUUCCCGGGGGAGCUGCUAAUGCGCAUGCUGAAAAUGCUGAUCCUUCCACUCAUCACGUCCAGUUUGAUGUCGGGGUUGUCGGCGAUGGACACCAAGGCCAGCGGACGCAUGGGGAUCCUCACCAUCACGUACUACCUGUGGACCACGUUCAUCGCCGUCAUCGUGGGCAUCGUCCUGGUGACCACCAUACACCCCGGCACCGGCGCCGAGAAGGACAGCCAUCACCACAGCAACGGACACGUCAUGACCUCCGCCGACGCCCUACUCGACCUCAUCAGGAACAUGAUUCCAGCCAAUCUGGUCGAAGCAACAUUUCAACAGUAUAAAACAGAUCUGGUGAACACGGUGAAGGCGGUUGAUAAAACCCUGCAGCCGAACCACGUGUACAUGAUGCCGGACCAUGCCGACCCCAAACUGAGCCAUGCCGUGUCCCUGGAGCUCACCCCCGCCCCGGAGUUCCAGUACAAGAUCGUCCCCGGUUACAGCAAGCAGAUGAACGUGCUCGGCGUCGUCGUCUUCUCCGCCACCAUGGGGUUGCUGCUGGGCAGAAUGGGGCAGCGAGGCAUGCCCCUGGUCAGCGUGUGCCAGUGUAUCAACGAGUGCGUGAUGAAGAUCAUCAAUGCUGCCAUGUGGUAUUUUCCUUUCGGGAUCGUGUUCCUGGUGGCGGGUAAGAUCCUGGACAUGGAGGACCCUGAGAGGAUUGGGGAGAAGCUGGGGAUGUACACCAUCACGGUGCUGCUGGGGCUGUGUGUGCACGGCCUGGUCCUGCUGCCUCUCUUCUACUUCAUCCUCACGCGGAAGAACCCCUUCCCCUUCAUCCGGGGGCUCCUGCAGGCCCUCGUCAUCGCCUUGGCAACCUCGUCCAGCUCCGCAACCCUCCCCAUUACCAUGAAGUGCCUGCUGGAGAACUGCGGCGUGGACCGGCGCAUCGCCCGCUUCGUCCUGCCCGUCGGCGCCACCAUCAACAUGGACGGCACGGCGCUGUACGAGGCCGUGGCGGCCAUCUUCAUCGCCCAGGUCAACGAGUACGAGCUCGACUUCGGCCAACUGGUCACCAUAAGCAUCACAGCGACGGCCGCCAGCAUAGGGGCUGCUGGGAUACCACAGGCUGGCCUGGUAACCAUGGUGAUCGUGCUGACCUCAGUGGGCCUGCCGGCCGAUGACAUCACACUCAUCGUGGCCAUCGACUGGGUGUUGGACCGGUUCCGCACAAUGAUCAACGUGCUGGGCGACGCCCUCGCCGCUGGCAUCAUGGCGCACCUGUGCCGGAAAGACUUCCCCCCAGAGGGCAGCCGGCGGAACACGGUCACGUCCUACAACCGGUUCGCAGGUGUGCCGGAUGGGGGCUUACCUGCGAACCCCAUGGCCCAGACAAGUGUGCAGCAGACGACCGUGCCCACAGAGAGCAUACCCCGUAUGGGUGGGCCCCCAGAAGGAGGGCCUCAAACGGGUGGGCCCACAGAGAGUGUGCCCCGCAUGGGUGGGCCCCAAGUGGGUGGGCUCACAGAGAGCGUACCCCGUACGGGCGGGCCGCGAACAGGCAUGUCCCAGAUGGGGGGGGCCCCAGCGGGCGUGUCCCUGAUAGAUCUGCCCAUCCUGGCCUGCAAGGACUGUGUUCUGGAGGUGAUGGGGGAGCUGGUGGCCGAGAUGCCGGCCAACAACUACAAGACCUGCCACGUCUGAGUCCCUGGCCUGGGAUCCGCAACAGGCAUCCAACUUCCUUAGCCUGUCCUUCUGCUAGAUCGAUCCCCCCUUCCUCCCCCUCGUACGCCCCCUUUCUAAGCAACUGCAGAAAAGCAGAACUUGUGUGCUGGCACACGUCCGAGGAAAACCUAGUUUUCAACUGUCUGCAUUAAGGUAUUAAUGUUUCUGUCCGACUUAGUUUCUGCAUAGCAGAAUAAAUUGUUUUCAGUGACAAAUUGUUUGUAAAAUAUACAUGAGAUUCCAUUUUAAUCAGAGGGAUUUUAAAUCACCGCGUAGAAAGAGUCGAAAUGUGGGACUGAACCCUCCCAGCACAACAGGGGGACUCGUACACGGCGUGAAAGCUGGAGGCUGUGUGGACAGAAGCGCGUCUUGCCAAAGGUUUUCUUUUUUAAAAUUAACUUUCAGGGUUGCCUUGCGUUUCUCACCAGUUACAUCAAACCACAGUUGUUUCAUUUGACAUUUCUCCUUCCCCAAGACGUCUUCA